AGUUCACACAAGGCGGGAGGCAAUUAUAUCAAAAGAACUUCACUUUCCUUGGAGCAUUCCAUUGGAAGGCACCACCAAACUCUGACAAUGGAAACCGAAGACGAAGGGUUCGAAGAUUGGGACGCUGAUUUCUUGGACCAACUCAUCCAAGUCGAAGAGCUUGCUAUCUCCUCCACCGCCAACAAUCACAUUCCCAUUCCGAUUUCGAUUCCGAGUUCUUCUUCUACCUACUUCCCCCUGCCGCCGCCGCAACCGGAACCGGAACCGCAACCGCAACAUUUGGUGGAAGUGUUUCAUGACCGUCCCAUUUCUUAUUCGCCUCCUCGAGAACUCUCUCAGCGGGCCACAGGUUUACGUUCUCACGCCAUUCGCUUGCCCAAUGGCUUCGGCGAAUACGGUCCUUCUUCCUCCGCGCUUGCUCCGUGCUUGCAUCGCCCCGAUGCUGCAAAAGAACUUGAAAUUUAUGAUUUGAAGAGGGAGCUAGGGCGCGUCUCAAAGCAACUUAAGGACUUGGAACAAGAGUGUGUUGAACUCAGGAAGAAAAGAGACAAAAAUGAGGAGCAACUUAAAGUUGUCUCUUCCAAUAAGGAUGAGCAAUAUAUUGGACGUUGUGUUUCAGAAAGUACAGAUUUGAGAGUGGCAGGGAAAGAUGGUGGACGUACUGGCAUGAAGAGUGAAGAUAUUGCUGGUGACCUUGGUGGCCCUCACACUGUUACUUCUAGGAGGAAAGCCAAUGAACAGGUAGGAAAAGCCCAUAGUUCUGUUGGAGAGAGAGCCAACGAUGAUUUACCUGCUUUUGACAAGCUCUCAAAGAAGUUGCAAGUCUUCUGGGUCCCUGAAAGUGACUCUAAGAUAGGACAAAAUUUGGUUUCAGAAUUGCUUUUAUCAUGUGAAACAGAUUUUCGUGUGCUUUUUCACAGCAUUAGCACGGAGUUAUCCCCUAAAUUUUCUGUGGAUUUCUUGGGUGGUGAUAAUUCUUCUGAUAUAGUGCAGUUUCUUCGGUGUCCAGAAGCUAAAAAAGUAUCUAACCUCUACACCACCUUGACUAAGGUAAGUAAUGGAAUAGUCAAGAUGGAGGCGUUGUUUACUCCGUUGCUUGAUCUCUGCAAUCUUGACAACGUUGCGAUAGUUCAUAGAUCUCUGCAUAUAUUGCAUAUGUUUCUGAAACGCCUCUUGUGGUUGGAGAGGAAAUCAGAAAGAAGGGAAACAGUCAUGAUUGGGGGACUUGGCUCUAGGAACAAUGCUGUGGAUUCUCAUGGAUCACAGAGUGCAGAAGGUGAGGAAUUUGCUUUGGCGAACAUGGACAAGACAUCUCAUGGCAGCUGUGCCCCAGCUGGCACUAGACUCCCUGGUGCUGCAUUGCUGUGCAAGAACAGAAACUUGAAUAAGAAUAUAAAUUUAGUUCCUCAAAUAAACUGGGUAGCUUUCUUUGAGGUGAUGCAUCAGGUUGCUAAGAGACAUAGUGCAAAAUGUGUGAGAAUUGAGGCAGUUUCAGUCAUGAAUUUGAUUCUGAUGAGAAAUAAUACUUAUCUGGAGAAGGAGAAAUUUGGCCAGGCACUUCUAUUUGAUAGUGUAGUGGAGUUUAUCAGGAAGGAAUCCGGUUCAGCCAUACAAAAGCAUGGCGUGCGUCUUCUAUUCUUGAUACUAAACUGUCCCACAUUUUUUGUCGUGUUCUGUUCUGGUUGCAAAGAAGCAGAAGCUACUGAUGCUGCAGAAGAAAAUGUGAGAUGUGCAGGAGGUUUCCAGAAAUUCAGAACCAUCCUUCAUAGUUUGGCAGAUUGUCUUACAUGUUGUGGAAAUGGUAUUGAGGAGUUGAAACUUCGAAGAAACACCAUCCUUUUGCUCGCGUUUCUAGCAUCGUCUGGGAAAGUUGGGUUUGAGAUUCUCAUAAGCAACAAGCUGUAUACAGAAUCAAAUUUCCUUGCGUUGAUUCUUCAAGUUACGGCUUCAGAAGUUGAACAAGAAAAGACAGUUCCGGAGCCAGUGGAAAAUCUCGAGGAAAGGGCGUUGCUGUUGCGGGAAGUGCUUAUACUUCUUAAUAGACUUGCAUCUCAUUCAUUAUACUCGGGGACAGUGUUGCGAGUGUUGACGAACAGUAGAGACAUGGCCAGCCUCGCCAUUGAUGUAACCAACAAGUUGUGCAGAAAAAACAACAGAAAUUGGCAGUUUGACAGCAAGAAAAGAAAGAUGAGGGAAACUGAAGUUGUUGAGUUAGCCCAGGUAUUUAGGAAAAGACUUCUUUCAUAUUUGGGAAAUAACAUACUAUAAAAAAGCACUUUUCAGAUGCUCUCAUUUUACCAUGCUGAGACUAACUCAUUGGUUUGAAAAUUUGUCAUCCCAUUGGCUUAUUUGGGAAAUUUUGUAGUUUUUAAGCAUGUAUAUUCUUCAGUAAAAAGCAAAGGGAAAAAACAAACAAACAAACAAACAAUUUUUUUUUUUGCCA